AACAUCACAGCGGAAGAAAAUGCAUCAGAAUUACAUGUAUUAAAAAUACAUGGAUGGAUGCAGCUCUCGUGUCAUUUUAAUGAUACAGUAAUAAUAAUAAUAAUAAUAAUAAUAAUAAUAAUAAUAAUAAUAAUAAUAGUAGUUACAUGCAUAAAUAUUUGGAUCAUUUGGCAGUGAACGCUGUUAUUACUCAAGCAGGCAGAUUGCACUGAAUGCAGUUUUGAAGGGGAUUCUCCCAUCGCUGACAAUCCCCCUAUCCUGCCCGGGUUUCUGCUGUUCUUCGUAGCAGAGAGAACGAGCACCGCUCUGGGUCCCAUAAGCUCUGAAAUCGGGAAGAGGGAGGAGAGGAAAGAAAACCAGCCACCCUGCAGGAUCUUUGGGACAAAAUAGAGAAUUGGAGGAGCUGAACUGGAGAGGCUAAGAGGCAUUAAUACACACGAGACAGCAGGCCCUUCCCUCUCUCAGUCUCUCUCUCUCUCAUCUCGAUAUACCUCAUAUAUACGGCUACAUAUUAAUAGUCACCUUGGCAACCAGUCUUUCUCUGAGCACUCUCGUCUGUGAAAGACAGAGAGAGAGAGGACCAAGAGGAAGAUGUGAUGUUUGAAGCAGGGAGGAACGUGGAUUAGCACAAAACACGCCUGUUCUGACCUCCAACAGCAGCCAAACUGAACAACAAAAAGCAACAAACAACCCCCCUACCCUUUACGGCAUUGUGUGGGGACGAGGGCCGGGAGAUAAUCAGAAGCAAGGCAGCUGUCUGGGGGACCGCCCUACUGCAGGCUGAGGAAAGAGGACAAAGACAUUCUUCUCUUUGAAAGAAAGCCAAAGGAGAGGACAGUGAUGCAGGGAGAGACACCGAGGUGCUGUGAGGGGAGUGAGAGGUACUGGGCAGCGUCUGUCUGUAUUUAGCCACCGUGUCAGAGAAAAAGAGGCCCCAGGACCAGUGAAGGAAUUAGCAGAGAAACUGAGACAAACAAAAUAACAAGCCAGGCUUUGAAAACGGGUGGGGAAGGUAGCUGACCUUUUCUGUGAAAUGAAGCCACUUUUUAAUAAGACCCCUGUACAGAUACUGUUCAACUGACAACCAGGAAGUCUAGCCGGGACUCCUGCCUGCAGAGGAGAAGGUGCUCAGGACUGUUCAAGCUCCUUUUCACAACGUACCAGUGUGGGCUGAGUCUCUGGAGUUGAGACAAUGAGGGAUUUGAAGGUGCAGAGAGAAGCCAAUAAGUGAUUAGGAAAGAUAGCAGGCACCCAAUCAAACUAAAGAAAGUUUAGCCUAUUGGUUGUUUAAGUCCACAGAUUGUGUUUUUGUAGUCAGUGGAAGCUAAGAAGAGUUCUUCAACUACAGUGAUACAGGUGGUUGGGUAUAGCCAAUCAGUGGAUUGGGGUGGGAAGAUAUUAGCCAAUCACUGAGUCAGAAGAGUAGAGAAGGAGUCGGGACAGCCAAGCCAAUUAGUGAAACAGGUGAAAACGCAGCAGUGGAGAAAGAGAGAGUAGCCAAUCCGUGGCCAGCAGGGGAAGGCAGAGUGUCCUCACUUUGUCCCACUAUGCGGUGUUCUCUGCGGAUGUGGGUGCUGCUGGCGUCUCUUGCGCUGCUGUUCUUCUCCUCGCUCCUCUUCUCAUUGUCGCUGCGAGGGGCAAGCCUGCCCUAUCUGGACCCUCCCGGCUGGGAGAUGGCUCACAGGGUCAAACUGGUGCCCAGCUAUGCAGGCAUCCGGAGGCUGGACUCGCCAGAGGGUGCGGUGCAGCGGACCUGUGCCUGCCAGAGCUGUGUGGGGGACCCCGGCGUGUCGGACUGGUUCGAUGAAAACUACGACCCCGAUAUCUCGCCCGUCUGGACCCGUGACAACAUCCAGCUGCCACCGGAUGUCUACUAUUGGUGGGUGAUGCUUCAGCCGCAGUUCAAGCCUCACAACAUGCAGCAGGUCCUGUCCAAGCUCUUCGAGGUGAUCCCGGGCCGCAGCCCCUAUGGCUCGUGGGACCCGGCCCGCUGCCAGCGCUGCGCAGUGGUGGGGAACUCGGGGAACCUGCGGGGAGUGGGCUACGGCCGGCUCAUUGAUGGCCACCAGUUCAUCAUGAGAAUGAACCUGGCUCCCACACUGGGCUACGAGGAAGACGCUGGCAGCCGCACCAGCCACCACUUCAUGUACCCCGAGAGCGCCAAGAACCUGCCUGCCAAUGUGAGCUUCGUGCUGGUGCCCUUCAAGACACUGGACCUGCUAUGGAUCACCAGCGCCCUCUCCACCGGGCAGAUCCGCUUCACCUAUGCACCAGUGAAGCAGUUCCUGAGAGUGGACAAGGACAAGGUGCAGAUCUAUAACCCGGCGUUCUUCAAGUACAUCCAUGAGCGCUGGACGAAGCACCACGGCCGCUACCCCUCCACUGGCAUGCUGGUCCUGUUCUUCGCACUGCACGUGUGUGACGAGGUGAACGUGUUUGGGUUUGGUGCCGACAGCUGGGGAAACUGGCACCAUUACUGGGAGCAGAAUCGAUACGCUGGCGAAUUCAGAAAAACGGGGGUCCACGAUGCAGACUUCGAAGCCCAGAUAAUCAACUCACUGGCCGAGGCCGGCAAGAUCCGAGUGUUCCGAGGGAAGUGAGCAGCCGGAGAGGGGGGCCCGGACUCUUACCUCCUGUGACAAAUAGAGGAGUAAAACACGGAUAGGACUGUUCUUGCAUGGGAGGUGAGGGUUGUCACAAUCCGAACAGGAGAGUGCAUUGCUGAAAACGGACGGCUUUUCAAAGAUGUCGUGGCUCCUCAGAUACUCGCUGGUUUCAUAGCUGCAGAGGAUUCACUCUUCUAUCAUAGUGCGCUCCUGCUCAGCCAAUAAAACCAAAAGGUCUUGUCACAUGGUCGUGUGGCCCUCAGCUCUCCUGCUGUUUCCUCACAGGCUCGGAGGGAGGCAGAGACACAGCAGGGUUGGCAUCACUGCCUGACACAGGCACAGCACCUGCUUCUCAUGCAGUAGAGCUGCCACCUGCAUAAAACACAUCCCUGGAACACACACUAGGGGGAGCUGUGUUCACCUGCAGUCAUAUUCUUCAAAUUGGAAUAAUUUCUUAAAAUCAUGUAUCUUUUAAAUACAGUACCUUUUACUAGAGGUAAUAUCAGAGUAAGCUCAGAAAUCUGUGCAAUAAGCACAUUGACCAGACCAAUGACUGGAUUAGCGCUACACCACUGAAUAUUAAUCAAUAUUUAGUUUUUUUGUUGUAUAUGUAUUGCCUGUCGCAUUACAAAAGCAUUAUGAUCUGAGUCCUGCAGCUGCCCCCUAGUGUCUGUUUUUGGGAUCCCCACGCUGGAAGCUGCACUGCAGAAAAUGAUCAAAUUUGUGUUAAAGGGUGACUCAGAAAUGCAUCGUUAUUUUUCCGUACUUCAGACCUGAGAACUAUAUAUAUUGUACUGUAUAGGCCUAAGGUAAAUAUAUCAGUAAAUCAAUAUGUCAGCUAGGUGAACAGUUCAGAUAAUACCUCUUGCAGCAACACAGUCUACUUUACAUUGUUGCUUAUAGUUGAACAUCUUGCUAGUUUUUGUUCGAGUCUGGAUCUCAAACAGGAACAAGCAUGUUCCUCCAAUACCAUGUGCAUGACAGCAUGAUCACUGGAUACAUUUAAACUAUAUCUAUUGUGAAAGAUUUCACUUACUAUGAGGUUUGUUUCACUGUGCCUGCUCCUGGACAGCUUUGUAAUCUCACUUCAGUAUCCAUUGCUUUGAACAACAAGGUUUAUUAUUUCUGAAACUGUA